AUGGAACUUCGAACAAUUUUGCAGGAGAGAACCCAAGAAGGGUUAGUAAACAGCCAGCCAAUGUUGCAAAUGUGUUCAGCACUUUUGCAGGCCUUAAGGCUCUUGCUAAUCCUUCAACUUAUCCUCAGUACUUCACUGUGUAGUUCUAAAAGGUACAAGAAGUACCAUCACCGAAGAUAUGAUUUAACUCUCUCCAUUCGGAAUCACAAUGUCACAGAGGCUAAGUUUUUCCGCCUGAACGGAGUAGGAAAUACUGCUGAUUUCACUGUGGCACCGGGUGAUGUAAGGCGAAAAGGUUUUUGGACGUUGUUCGUAGAAUUCCCCGGAAAUCGAUACUCGAAAUCUCCUAGAAAGAUUAUUUCUCGGGAUUCUUAUAAUCACUGGGUUCGUGCUUUCAUUUUUCCUUACUGA